AUGCUUCUCCGUCUAUCGCCCAGCCUCCAUUACCCGAUCACCGUUACGUCGCUGCUCAAGCAGCCGGGGGACCUGGUGGAACGGGAUGAGGCGCUCUUCUGGUAUUUCUACCAGACGGCCGUCACGGAGGGAGAUGGGCUGGGUAAUAAAAUCGAGGUUCAGCGCAAGUUUCCGACCAAGUUCGAAUCGACCGUCGAUGGGGAGAUAGUGCAGUGGAAGAUCGCAAAGGGGGAUGUCAUUACUGGACCGAUUGAUAUUGUGGAAGUCGAUGAGCCAUGUGCUCACGAAGUUCAGUUUGGAGGACUCUGUGCGGAGUGUGGGAAGGAUAUGACUGAGUCUACGUACAAUACAGAAGUCACAGACUCGAUGCGUGCUCCGAUUCAGAUGGUCCACGAUAACACUACACUCACCGUGAGUGCUAGGGAGGCAACACGAGUGGAAGAGGAUGCAAAGCGCCGUUUGCUGGCCAACAGAAAGCUGUCUCUCGUGGUGGAUCUCGACCAGACAAUCAUUCAUGCUACCGUGGACCCGACAGUGGGAGAGUGGAUGCAGGAUAAGGAAAAUCCAAACUACGAGGCUUUGAGCGGCGUUCGCAAGUUUCAGUUGAUCGAUGAUGGACCGGGGAUGCGUGGCUGCUGGUACUAUGUCAAGUUACGACCUGGCCUAGAGGACUUUUUGGAAAAUGUUGCAGAGCUCUUCGAAUUGCACAUUUAUACCAUGGGCACUAGAGCCUAUGCUCAGCAAAUUGCCAAAAUCAUUGACCCCACCCGGAAGCUUUUUGGUGACCGAAUUCUCAGUCGAGAUGAGAGUGGAAGCUUGACGGCCAAAAACCUCCACCGUCUGUUCCCGGUGGACACGAAGAUGGUGGUUAUCAUCGACGAUCGCGGAGACGUGUGGCGAUGGAAUCCUAAUCUCAUCAAGGUAACCCCGUAUGAUUUCUUUGUGGGAAUUGGUGACAUCAACUCGAGCUUUUUGCCCAAAAAGCAGGAAAUUGGGGCAGGUAACAAGCCUGUGGAUAAGACUGCGGUUAAGCAAGUGACUGAGAAGCCCCCGCCAGCGCCGCCUCAAGCAAAUGGUACGCUCGCGAAACCUGGGGCCGAGGGGGACGUUUCAACACUGGAGCAGCUGGUGACUAUGGGCGGGGGAGACAAUCCCAGACUCCUGCAGGAACAGACUGACGCACAGGAGGAGACAAUAAUGCAUCAAGUGGAGGACCGCCCAUUGCUGCAGAAGCAAAAAGAACUGGACGCGGAAGAGGAUGUAGCAGAGAGCAGCGAUUCUUCUACCAGCGUGGAGGAGUCGCAAGAAGCAGCCAAGCAGCGCCACCAUCUGUUGGAGGAUAAUGAUCGGGAACUAUUUCAACUGCAGGACCGUUUGGAGCAAGUUCAUAUGCGGUUUUAUGAUGAGUAUGAUAAAAAAAGGUCACGAGCGUUGGGUGGGCGGGUGGCUGCCCUCCGGGGCGAGAAGACACCGUCUAAAGAGAAAGAUGUUGACCUGAAACUGGUCCCUGAUGUGACGGAUAUCAUGCCGUACAUCAAAAGGAAGAUUCUGGGCGGUGUCGUGUUGGUGUUUUCUGGAGUCCUGCCUUUGGGGACAGAUACACAAAACGCCGACAUUUCCCUGUGGGCCAAGAGUUUUGGGGCCAUCAUCGCACACAAAAUCAAUAUGAGAACCACCCAUCUCGUAGCAGGCCGUAAUCGCACCGCCAAGGUCCGGGAAGCAACUAGGUAUCCUAAGGUCCAGAUUGUCACCACACAAUGGCUCUUGGACUCGUUAACGCAAUGGAAACGGGUGGAGGAGGGGCCGUACUUGCUCCCUGUUCACCCAGAUGACAGAGGCGAGCCCAUCUCCCCUUCUAAAGAGGAGAGUUCCUGGAUUUCGUCAUCCGACGAAGCGUCAGGGGGAGUCUGGACGGAUGACGAAGAAGAGUUGAAUGAUGAUAUUCUCAAGUCCUCCGGGCUUACAGACAUGUCACAACUCGGCUACGGCGAGGACGAGCAAGCCGCUAUACACGAUGAACUCAAGGACUUCCUUGGCAGUGAUGAUGAGAGUGAAAGUGACAGUGAAGUAUCGAUGUUGGCGGAUGAGACAGGAACGACCAGCAAGAAGCGGAAGCGGGAUGACGGGACAGAAAGUGGAACCGACGAAGACACAGGCGAUGAAGGCGAGGAAGGGGAUGAAGCGGGCUCGUCGCGACUAUCACAGCGGAUCAAGCGUUCGUAUGAGCGAAGUACAGGUCUACGAGAGGUGGCAACCGCAAGCAGCACCAGCACAGCAGACGCCUCGCGGACAUCACUACCGCGGGAACAAGACGUGGAGAACGAGGCGGAAGAGCCUGCAAAACGAGGGCAAGAAGUCAGCUAUCCCGAAGAUCCGGCCGAGGACGACGAUGAACUCGAACGGGAGAUGAUGGCCGCAUUUGAAGAUGGAGACUACGACGCCCAAGCCGAGGGCGAUAUAGCCGCUGAGAAUGGAUGA